AAAAGAUCCCCAAUUCGAUCUUCAUUUGAUACAUAACAGUCAAACACCCAGAAAGACUAAGCUGAAAAAUAUAAGUCUUCAAUCUUCUAUCACCUGCAAAUCUUUAAUGGCGGGUAACAGACACACCAUCAUACUAAUGCAGACUUCUCAUAACCGAGCGACUAGGACGUUUAUGGAUUACGAGUCGAUAGGUCAUGCCAUGGAUGGUAUAUGUGGUCUGUAUGAAAGGAAGCUUAAGGAAUUGAAUCCAGCUAGCAGAAAUAUAACUUAUGACAUUGAGGAUCUUUAUAAUUUUAUUGAUGGCCUUACUGAUUUGAGUGCUUUAGUCUAUGAUCCCUCAAUCCAGGCAUAUCUUCCGAAUGACCGACAAUGGAUCAGACAAAGGAUGUUUGGUCACCUGAGAAAGUUGGCGCACUGAUCGGCUAUUAGCUAGCUGCAUUAUCAUACAAGCUAGCACUUAACUUUCCUGUUGAUGUAAACAUAACUUUUAGUGCACUAAUAUGGCACUUGUAUCACACUUAUGUUCUGCCUGUAACUGUACACUAUUUGGUAAAUUUUGGUGUACCUAUUCAGCUCUGUGUGCUUUAAAUGGGAAAGUUGUAUGUUUAUAUUA